UUCCAGAAGGCGGCGCGUGCGGUUGGGAACGCGGAGCGGACGGAGUCGAUUCAACGGGGUUCCGGGCCGGGCUAUGGAGCAGGUAAAUGAGCUGAAAGAGAAGGGCAAUAAGGCCCUGAGUGCGGGCAACAUCGAUGACGCGCUCCAGUGCUACUCGGAGGCCAUUAAGUUAGACCCCAAGAACCACGUGCUCUACAGCAACCGCUCGGCGGCCUACGCCAAGAAGGGCGACUACCAGAAAGCCUAUGAGGAUGGCUGCAAGACCGUGGACUUGAAGCCUGACUGGGCCAAGGGUUUAAAACAUGAACCAAAUAAUCCUCAGCUCAGAGAGGGCUUACAGAACAUGGAGGCCCGGCUGGCAGAGCGGAAGUUCAUGAACCCUUUCAACAUGCCUAAUCUGUACCAGAAGUUGGAGAAUGAUCCCAGGACCAGGACGCUGCUCGCUGAUCCCACCUACAGGGAGCUGAUAGAGCAGCUACGAAAUAAGCCGUCCGAUCUGGGCACGAAACUGCAAGAUCCCCGGAUCAUGACCACUCUCAGCGUCCUGCUGGGAGUGGACCUGGGCAGUAUGGACGAGGAGGAGGAAGUGGGAACGCCUCCCCCACCUCCUCCUCCCAAGAAGGACACCAAGCCAGAGCCGAUGGAAGAAGAUCUCCCAGAGAACAAGAAGCAGGCGCUGAAAGAGAAGGAGCUGGGGAAUGAGGCCUACAAGAAGAAAGACUUCGACACAGCCCUGAAGCACUACGACAGAGCCAAGGACCUGGACCCCACCAACAUGACGUACAUGACCAACCAAGCAGCUGUGUACUUCGAGAAGGGUGACUACAGUAAAUGCCGGGAGCUUUGUGAGAAGGCCAUCGAAGUGGGGCGCGAAAACCGAGAAGACUAUCGACAGAUUGCCAAAGCUUACGCUCGAAUUGGCAAUUCCUACUUCAAAGAAGAAAAGUACAAGGAUGCCAUCCAUUUCUAUAACAAGUCUUUGGCAGAACACAGAACCCCAGAUGUGCUCAAGAAGUGCCAGCAGGCGGAGAAAAUUCUGAAGGAGCAAGAGCGGCUGGCUUACAUAAACCCUGACCUGGCCUUGGAGGAGAAGAACAAAGGCAAUGAAUGUUUUCAGAAAGGGGACUAUCCCCAGGCCAUGAAGCAUUACACAGAAGCCAUCAAGCGGAAUCCAAAAGAUGCCAAAUUGUACAGCAAUCGAGCCGCCUGCUACACCAAACUCCUGGAGUUCCAGCUGGCGCUCAAGGACUGUGAGGAGUGUAUCCAGCUGGAACCGACCUUCAUCAAGGGCUACACCCGGAAGGCAGCUGCGCUGGAGGCCAUGAAGGACUACACGAAAGCCAUGGACGUCUACCAGAAGGCCUUAGAUCUGGACUCCAGCUGUAAGGAGGCGGCGGACGGUUACCAGCGCUGUGUGAUGGCCCAGUACAACCGCCACGACAGCCCCGAAGACGUGAAGCGACGGGCCAUGGCCGACCCCGAGGUGCAGCAGAUCAUGAGCGACCCGGCCAUGCGGCUCAUCCUGGAGCAGAUGCAGAAGGACCCCCAGGCGCUCAGCGAACACUUGAAGAAUCCUGUAAUAGCACAGAAGAUCCAGAAGCUGAUGGAUGUGGGUCUGAUCGCAAUUCGGUGAUGACUCGCUCAUCAUCCCCUCCCUUCGCCCUCAUGUGGAAAGAGGAGCUGGGACCGCGGCAAGCAGCGCGGAGCAGAGGGGAGAGCAGGGGAGAACGAACAGCUUCUCUCUAUAUAUUUAUAUAGACCUACGUGGAAGAUAGAGACUCGUGUUUGCGUUACUCGCACCGCCGCUGCCUCUGGGCCCUCCCAGCACACGCAUGGUCUCUUCCGCUGCCCUUGGGUUCCCUGUUCCCUUCCCCGCCCUCCGUCGCCGUCUCAGCUGCUCUCCCAUAGUUGGUUAUUUUUUAUUUGGGGCAGUGGGCAUGUGUGGGGAGGGGAGGCUGUUCUUCCCCGACCUCCGGUCCCAGCUGUCGUCACAUUGUUAACUCCACGUGCCCUUCUCCAAUAAAACAAGCCAGUCGGGCGUGGUUAUA